AUGAGUAAGGUUUGCGGUUCAUUAGCUUGUGUCGUUAAGGUGAGAGGUCAAACUCCCAAGGUCGCAAAGCAAGAUAAGAAGAAGCCCCACCGCCGUGCCUACAAACGUAUGCAAUACAACUGCCGCUUUGUCUCUACCAUUGUUGGCUUUAGAGAGAAGAGAGGGCCAAACUCAUCGUAA